AUGGCCAUGUACCUGGCCCUGCUUUGCUCCUGUGUUGUGAGUGUCCUCGCUCUCUGCUGUGGUCGUCCUCAUCCUGUAGACAGCCUGAAGAACUUUGUCAAACUGCAGGCCGAGAACAUCAUCGGCAGAAUCCAGAAACACAAAGAUGAGUUGCAGAUAUUCCACAUGGUAGUCCUGGACAGUCCAGAGCUCCUGCCCGAGCUCCAGUCUGACAAACCCGUCGAGGGUCUGGGCUCCAUGGUAGAGACCUUAAACACCUUCCAGCAAGUUUUGCACAGCAUGCCCAAAGGUCACAUGAGCCAACUGCACAGUGAUGUCAGCACCCUGCAGCACUACCUGGAGGAUCGGAUAAACUUGUUGCAAUGUCCACACAGAAAAACAGGCACAGUGAAGAACCUGGAGUCCUUCCUGAAGGACCACGGGACGUACUACAUUACACUAGGCUACGUCGCACUGGACAGACUGCAGAAAUACUUACAAAGACUCGUGAACAACCUGGACGAGCUAAAAACAUGCUAA